AUGGACGAGUACCACUUCCCGGACUCCCGGCUCAAGAAGAAGAUGGAUGAUGCAUCCAAGACACCACUUCUUCUUGUUGCUUGCGGCUCCUUCUCUCCCAUCACCUUCUUGCAUCUGCGCAUGUUCGUCAUGGCGGCGGACUAUGUUAAACACAACACCGACUUUGAAAUGGUGGGCGGAUAUCUGUCACCCGUGUCGGACGCCUACAAGAAGCAAGGCUUGGCUCCCGCAGAGCACAGAGUUGCGAUGUGCCAACUUGCUAUCGACAAGGCAUCCAACUGGCUCAUGGUUGAUACCUGGGAGGCGGAGAAAAAGGAUUACCAACCGACCGCGAAGGUGCUUGAUCACUUCGAUCACGAGAUAAACGUCCUCCGCAAGGGCAUCGAUACAGGCGACGGCAAUCGAAAACCUCUGAAAAUUGCCCUUCUUGCGGGUGCUGAUUUGAUUCAGACCAUGUCAACCCCAGGAGUUUGGAGUGAAAAGGAUCUGGAUCAUAUCCUUGGACGGUACGGCACCUUCAUCAUCGAACGCUCUGGCACAGAUAUCGACGAGGCCUUGGCCAGUCUUGGGAACUAUCGCGAAAACAUACAUGUUAUUCAGCAACUGAUACAAAAUGACGUCAGCAGCACGAAGAUACGACUGUUCUUGCGAAGAGGCAUGAGCGUACAAUAUCUCAUUCCUGCUCCUGUUGUGGAGUAUAUCGAACAAAAUCAUCUCUAUCGGGACGAUCAACGCUCAUCGAGCACUUCUAUCGCUCAGGAGGCCGAUAAAGGAAAGUCCAAAGAAGCUGCGUCAGCCAGCUAG